AUGGAUCAUCGCUCCAAAUCUCGAAGCAGUCGUAAAAAGCAGAUCAGUGAAUCAGAGCCUGAGGGUACUCGGAUUCCAAAGAACUACAUGAAAGUUCUGAAUCCAAUAAUAUGGGAAAAACGUGUACAGUUCAACCUAAAUAUUCCGUGGUCACUUACUCCAAAAGGUUACACAAAGCUACAAAGAAAGUUGACUUCACCUAAUAUCCUCCAUCCUAUGAGAAGAAGUGGAUCUGCUGCUUUCCAUGUAUACAAAAAGUUAUUUACUGAUCGAAAUUCAGAAAUUAUUAGCGGUAAUGAUACAUCUUACUCGGAGAAUGGAAACAUUUAUCCAAGCCCUACAAGAAUGAGAAGUUUUAAAGGCACUGAAUAUGAGACAAUUAUGUGUCGAAUGUUAGAAACAAAGGAACUUUAUGAAGAUCCAUGUUUUCCUGCAAAUGAUGACUCCAUUGGAAAUAUACCUGAUCUUUUGGGUAAGGUAGAAUGGAAAAGGCCAAAGGAUAUUAAUCAUGAUGCACAGUUUUACACAAACACCCUGAGUCGUUUUGAUGUCGACCAAGGAGCUCUUGGUGAUUGUUGGUUUAAUGCAGCACUUGCAACUAUCACUAAAUACCCUACCUUGUUAAACCAAGUUAUACCGUUAAAUCAAGUUCUCAAAGGUUCAGGUUACAGAGGUGUAAUCGUCUAUCGGUUUUGGCGUUUUGGUCAGUGGAUAGAUGUCGUAAUUGAUGACCGCCUCCCAGUUUACAAGGGAACAAAUGAAUUGGUAUUUAUGCACUCAUCAGAUAAAAAAGAAUUUUGGUCAUCUUUAUUGGAAAAGGCAUAUGCCAAAUUAUGCGGUAAAUAUGAACACUUGAAUGGGGGAUUUCAAAGUGAAGCAAUGGAAGAUUUAACCGGUGGAAUAUGUCAAACUGUGAUAUUAAAUGAAAAAUAUCGUCCAAUGGAUUUGUUGAAGAUGAUGAAAGUGUACUCAGAAACAUGUUGUCUAAUCGGUUGUGAUGUGGACAGUGAACGCAUCAAGAAAAGGGAACAAUUAGGAUUAAUUAACUCUCAUGCCUAUAGUGUAACUGGAUUUGGAAAAGUUCAGUACCACGGUAAAGAACAGUAUUUGGUGCGUUGCCGUAACCCCUGGGGUGAGAAACAAGAGUGGACAGGAGCGUGGUCUGAUAAAUCAGAUGAUUGGAAACAUGUUAAGCCUAAAGACAAGAAGACGUUACAAUUCAAGUCUAAACCAGAUGGAGAAUUUUGGAUGUCUUUUGAAGAUUUUGAAAAGUAUUUUAGUCUACUUGAAGUCUGUCAUCUUGGAUUAUCAAGCUUAGAUUAUGAUGAUGAAAUUCGAGGAAGUAAACGCUUGGAAGAGAUUUUCUUUUCUGGUGAAUGGCAGACAAAUUUUAAUGCUGGUGGAUCAAUAAAUUAUCCAGAUUCUUACUUCACAAAUCCACAAUAUAUGUUCACUAUUGGAGCUGAUUCUGUGAAAAAUGAACCAAGAACACUUAUAAUCGUAGGACUUAUGCAAGAAGAAAGAAGACGUAAAUAUGGCGCAGACUUUUUAUCCAUAGGCUUUGCAAUAUACGAAGUUUCACCUCGACAAAAUACACGCCUGACAGCAGAACAAUUAUCUUGUCGUAAACCAUUAACAACUACACAAUACAUAGCAAGACGUGAAGUGACACUUGAAGAUCGACUAUUUCCUGGGACAUUUAUAUUAAUACCGACAACAUAUGAUCCAGGACAAGAAGGAAAAUUCAUAGUACGUAUAUUCUCCCCGGUGAAAAUGAAACAACUAGAAUUGGACGAUACAAAUACUUAUCAAGGGUUUUCAAAGGAAACGGUAGAAGCUCUUGAACGCACAAUCCUGAUUGAACUUCAAACAGCAGAAUACAAGUUUGGUCAAGUUUGUAAUCCUGAGACACAAACAAUUGAUGCUGCAAAAUUAGGUUAUAUUUUAAAUCAUAGUGAUCUUAAAGAUGAUAUACAUCAUUUUAUCGGUUUAAUGAUAGUCUGUGCAGGAGUUUAUUGCCAUCUGUAUCAGUAUCCUUUGAUAGCUGCAUCAGUGUUACAUAAAUCGAUACGUCUUCUCACCGAAUACAGUAUACUUCUGAAAGAUUAG